CUUCAAUGCAUACCCUUAAGUUGAUAAUCAGAACGAGAAGAUAAAAAUUGCAAGAGGAAGCAAGAAAUGUGCACCUUAGAAAAACGAGGAAGCAUCUACUUUCUAACGCUUACAGGCAGUGAUGAUCACCGUCUCAACCCAUCUCUUGCAGACUCCAUCUCUGCUGCUCUUCAUCGCAUUCGUUGUGAAUUCACAGCCACACCUUCCACUUCUGCUGCCCUUGUCACUACAGGAGAAGGGAAGUAUUUCUCCAAUGGGAUCGACAUAGCUUGGGCUCAAUCCAACAAACAAAGAUUCUUCAUCAUGAUGUCGAAGAUAAGACAUCUUCUUACUCAACUCAUGUCUCUGCCUAUGCCAACCAUCGCUGCUGUCAAUGGCCACGCCUCUGGCAUUGGCUACAUUCUCGCCCUGAGCCAUGAUUACGUCUUCAUGAGAAAGGACCACGGUUUUUUAUACAUGAGUGAAGUGGAUAGGGGGGUGGUAAUUACUGCAACUUAUGUCUGGGCUACACUCAAGGCCAAAAUUUCUAGCCCAUCUGUGCUACGUGACAUUGUUUUAAGGGCAGAAAAGGUGACAGCAGAGGCUGCAGUGACCAAGAACAUCAUUGACGCGGCUUAUGAUACUGUGGAGGAGACUGUGACAGCAGCGGUGGAGCUGGGGAAAGAGUUGGCGAGCCAAAAGUGGGACGGUCAAGUGUAUGCAGAAAACAAGAAAUAUCUUUACAGCACGGUGCUGCAUGAGCUUGCUGUUGUUGAAACUGAUAAAAUGUUACAGGAUUCUCGUUUGCUAACCAAACAAGUCAUGUCACGCCUUUGAUCUGGAUACACACUUUGUAUGUUAUAUGAAAGCCAAGUAUCUUGAAACAAAAUAAAAUUUCAUGUUCUUAUGUUUUCCCUGUAAUUCAAUGUUAUGAGUUAUGCAAUCUUCAUCC